UCCCCUCCUGGCAGCGGGAGAUGUACGAGAAGGUGUUUGAGAAGGAACCCGACCGCCACAGCGACUUCUCCCGCCUGGCGCGGGUCCUCACCGGCAACACCAUCGCCCUCGUCCUGGGCGGCGGCGGCGCCAGGGGCUGCUCCCACAUCGGAGUGAUCAAGGCCAUGGAGGAGUCGGGGAUCCCCAUCGACAUGGUGGGCGGCACCUCCAUCGGCGCCUUCAUCGGGGCGCUGUACGCGGAGGAGCGCAGCGCCGUGCGCACCAAGCAGCGGGCACGGGAGUGGGCCAAGUGCAUGAAUUCGGUCUUUGAGACCGUCCUGGACCUCACCUACCCCAUCACCUCCAUGUUUUCGGGCUCAGCCUUCAACGCCAGCAUCAACAAGGUUUUCCAGGACAAGCAGAUCGAGGACCUGUGGCUGCCCUACUUCAACGUCACCACCGACAUCACGGCCUCGGCCAUGCGCGUGCACACCGAUGGCAGCCUCUGGCGCUACGUCCGAGCCAGUGCCUCCUAUACCCCCUACCUGCCUCCGCUCUGCGACCCCAAGGACAGCCACUGGCUGGUGGACGGCUGCUAUGUUAACAAUGUCCCAGGCUCGCUCUGGCGCUACGUGCGAGCCAGCAUGACCCUCUCGGGGUACCUCCCGCCCCUCUGCGACCCCAAGGACGGCAACUUGCUGAUGGACGGGGGUUACAUCAACAACCUGCCAGGCAAGUAG